CGCUUACAAAGAGGAGAACGUCACAUCCCCUUGACCCUCCAAUCACCUCAGGGUCCCAUUUGAUUGGAAGGCGGCAAAGGCUUUAAUCUCGGACUAAUUCAGCUGCUUUUGAAGUGAAAAUUUCUACCAGUUCGUACUUCGGGAGUACAGAGCGAGGACCUGCAGACAGACGCACACAAGGCGCAGCGCUCAUGGUGCAAGACGCAGCCACGGAUCUGCGAUAACCUCGCACAUUCUCCUUCCAGCUGCCGCGCCUUGCUCCUUUUACUACCAGGAUUACACAUUACUGAAGCGUUUUACUUCAAAUUCUUCUCUUUUUUCUCCUUCUUCUUCUUCUUUUACCACCCCCCCGAGAGAGAAGCUUUCUUUUGAUUUUUCUUAAUGAAUCUGACGAAAGCAUCGCCGUUUCAUUUCCUGACAAUUGGGACAUGAUCACGUCGCCCUCGGCGUCUGCCCUGAAAAAUAGUGAUAUUUGUGUAGCUUGGGAAAGCAGCAGCAGCAGCAGCAGCAGCAGCAGCAGUUCUCGGAAUAGCAGCUCAGCGAGCAUCAACAAGCCCUUUCUCCACUCCGCACCUCCGUGUGAUCCACUACGGCAAGCAAACCGACUUCCCAUCAAGGUUUUGAAAAUGCUUACCGCACGGUCGGGACACAUUUUGCACCCGGAGUAUCUGCAGCCUUUGCCUUCUACCCCGGUUAGUCCUAUAGAGCUAGACGCCAAGAAAAGUCCGUUGGCUCUGCUGGCGCAGACCUGCUCUCAGAUCGGCAAACCGGACCCACCACCCUCCUCCAAAUUAUCCUCCGUCACAUCAAAUGGAUCUAGUGAGAAGGAAUCUAAAUCCGGUCCUUUGAAAAUGAGUGACAUCGGUGUGGAUGACAAAUCGAGCUUCAAACCUUAUUCUAAACCGUCAGACAAGAAGGACUCGUCUUCGGGCGUCUCAAGCGGAGAGAAGUCUGGUUUCCGAGUGCCGAGCGCCACCUGCCAGCCGUUUACGCCGCGGACAGGCAGUCCCCAUUCAAGCACUUCAGCCUCCCCGAUGCCAUCCGAGGGGAAAUGUGGGGAUAGGGAUGAAAAGAAAGAGUCUGAUUGUAAUAAAAAUGGCACUACGGACGGGUCUGGCACCACUAGCCACAGCAGGAUAAGCGUGAGUUGUGGUGGAAUUAACGUGGAGGUCAACCAACACCAGGAGACGACGCCUGGCACUAAAACCUCCUCCUCAUCGGAGUCUCCAUCUGUAACUUCUGUAUCCUCCGCAUCCGUUCUCGGGUCAGGACUUGUGGCGCCGGUUUCUCCUUACAAACCGGGGCAGACAGUUUUCCCUUUGCCUCCUGCUGGUAUGACCUACCCAGGUAGCUUGGCUGGGGCCUAUGCUGGUUACCCUCAACACUUCCUGCCCCACGGAGGGAGCUUGGUAAACGCACAGCUGGCUAGUUCACUGGGCUGCAGUAAGGCUGGAUCCAGUCCUUUGGCUGGGGCUUCUCCGCCGUCCAUCAUGUCAGCCAGCCUGUGCAGAGACCCUUACUGCCUCAGUUACCAUUGUGCCAGUCAUUUAACAAGCGCAGCCAGCGCUCCCUGCACGCACGAGUCUGCAGCUGCAGCGGCCGCUAACGCCCUCAAAUCCAGCUACCCACUAAUGUACCCGACACACCCCAUACAUGGCGUUCAUUCCUCGGCGCCAUCAUUUAGCGGACACCCCCUGUACCCAUACGGUUUCAUGCUCCCCAACGACCCUCUCCCUCACGUUUGUAAUUGGGUGUCGGCAAAUGGACCGUGCGACAAGCGUUUCUCCUCCUCAGAAGAGCUCCUGAAUCACCUGAGGACACACACUGCUUUUACUGGAGCGGAGAAGUUGAUAUCUGGUUAUCCCGGGUCUUCAUCACUGGCCAGCGCGGCAGCAGCGGCCAUGGCCUGCCAUAUGCACAUGCCACCGUCAGGAGCCCCCGGGAGCCCAGGAACUUUGGCUCUAAGGAGCCCGCAUCACGCGUUAGGACUCAGCAGCCGCUACCAUCCCUACUCCAAAAGUCCCCUGCCAACCCCUGGUGCCCCUGUACCCGUCCCGGCUGCCACCGGCCCUUACUACUCCCCUUAUGCACUGUAUGGCCAGAGACUCACCACAGCAUCAGCGCUUGGAUACCAGUGAGGAAAAAAAAAAAGAGACUUUGAAAAGUUUAUAGUACUAAGAAUGCAAAUAUAAAGACUUUUAUAUUAACAGCGCUAAACUUAUGGUCGGGAACCGUGGACUUCAACUGUAUUUAUUUAUAUGUCGGCUUAAAAGCAGGCGAUAAUAGCUGCAAAUGGAAAAAUAUUCGAGCAACUCAAAAAGUGCAUUAUGUUGAACUCUAUAGGUAAAGUGAAAAACACACACACAUGUUAGAGUACUAAUUCAAGUAGGGGUCCUCAUUUCGAUGUUAAUUUGAAAUUGCUAUGAUUGUAUUUGUUCUUAUUUAAUGUCUCAUUGAGAAGAAAAAAUAAUUUACAUGCAUGUUUGUUUCUUAAAUUUCAGAAAUUGUCCACAUUUUAAAUUGCCGUUAUUUUUCAGGUGUACACCUUGGAAAGAGAAUUGGUAUUUUUUUGUAUGUAUUCUGGAAAAAAAAUAAGAAACAGUUCUGUUCCAUAUCUCCGUGUGCCUCAUUUUCUGAAGUAUUAACAUUGUUCACUUUAAAAUAAUAUUUCACUUCAUAUUCCACUGGCAGUUUUUUUUUUUAAACUGCUGUGUUAAAUUAAUGAGGUGAAGAAAACCUCCUGUGAUCAUUUGCGCGACACACAGGACUUUAUUUUACAGACUGUCACACUUUAAAACCAAUCUUUUCUGUCUUAACAGAAGUCAUUCUGCUGAUGUGCAUCUUUUCUUUUCUUUCUUUCUUUCUUUCUUUCUUUCUUUCUUUCUUUCUUUCUCACAUUACUUUAUAUGCCAAAUAAUUGAGAAGCUUUAAACGUUUUCUUUUAUCAAAGCACACGUGUUACAAAGUUUAAAUUAAAUGCAAUUUGAAUGAGUGUUGUGUGAGAGUGUGUGUAAGAGAGUGUGUGUGAUAGAAAAAAAGUGUGUGUGUGUGUGUGUGUGUGUGUGUGUACACAGUUAAACGGGCUUUAUACAAUUCAUUUGUAAGAAAGAAUUUAGUUGCUGGUGGGUGAAUUUUGUCUAAAAAGUUGUUAGAGGAGGGUCCCCUCCUCUCGCGUCAGGCGCUUCUUUACCUGCGUAAAAAGUAACAUUUGUGAAACACGCCAGACAAAAAAA